AUGUUUGAUCCACUCGGAUGGAUUACGCCUAUCACAGUUACCGCAAAGCUGUUCAUGCAAGAACUGUGGGCCAUACGUCUCGACUGGGACGACGAACUCCCGGAAGAUUUAAAGUUACGAUGGACAAGCUACGUCGCUCAACUCACAUGCAUCUCUCGUCUCGCUAUCUCGCGUUGGUUUGGAACAAGUUCUUCGAAUCUCGCCGUGGAAGUGCACGGUUUCGCGGACGCAUCUCAAAGUGCACUCGCCGCGGUCGUUUAUCUCCGCGUUCUCAGUGACAUCGACGACGCUCAAAUAAAACUCAUUUGCUCAAAGACUAAAGUUGCCCCUCUCAAACGAAUGACUAUACCGCGUCUCGAACUCUCAGCCGCAGUGCUGCUCGUGCGUCAAGUUCUCAAAAUUCGCGAAGUGCUUGAACUACAAACCGCGCCAACCCAUCUCUGGACCGAUUCGACGGUCGCUCUUACGUGGAUCAAAAGUCAUCCAUCCCGGUGGAAAGACUUCGUACGGAAUCGUGUCUCCUUUAUUCAAGAGCUCUCAAAUUCUAGAUGGCAUCACGUCUCCGGGAAGGAGAAUCCCGCUGAUCUAGCAUCACGAGGCGUGACUCCUCAACGUCUUCAACAAAACGAGCUCUGGUGGACCGGUCCUCGUUGGUUACAUACGCAUUCGACAUCUUGGCCGUCUUCAAUUCCGAUUCUCGAGUCUACGGACAACCUCGAAGAACGGCCUCCGCAGUGUACAACUGCAGUGGAACAUCAUGAACAUAAACUUUCGAUGCUCGAUCGAUACUCAUCGCUGACGACCCUCAUCAGAACUACCGCCUGGGUCCAGCGUGCUCUUCAACUCUUUCGGAAAUCUGUCGCAUCACGCUCAUCUCACGAGCCUCUCACCGUCGAAGAGUUAGAAUCAGCGCUAAUGCUGUGGGUUAAACUCACGCAGCAAAUUUACUUCUCCUCCGAAAUCAAAACCUUGAAGAGCCAACGAUCACUCUCAACCUCGAGCUCUCUCUAUCGUCUAACGCCAUUCCUCGACAACGAAGGACUUUUGCGUUUACGCGGACGUUUAUUCCGGUCACAACUAGAUCCAGAAGAAAAACAUCCUCUGAUCUUACCUCGACAAUGUCGAUUAUCCAUUCUCGUGAUGGAUCAUCAUCAUCGAAAGACUCUCCACGGCGGACCUCAGUUAACGUUAUCAUCGAUUCGUCAAAGGUUUUGGAUAAUCGGCGGUCGCGUUCCUAUCCGAGCAUUCAUCCACAAGUGCGUGAUUUGUGCUCGUCAUCGUGCUACUACUGGUCAACAAGCUGUAGGACAGCUUCCAGCAUCACGAGUCGUUCCGCGCCGACCGUUCUUCAACUCUGGCGUCGAUUAUGCCGGGCCACUGACUCUCAAAACUUUUCGCGGACGAGGCUGCAGAACGUACAAGGGAUAUUUCAUCAUUUUCGUUUGUUUCAGUACGUCUGCGAUACAUCUGGAAGUCGCGACUGACUAUUCUACGGACGGCUUUCUGGCGGCGUUCAGGCGAUUUACCGGACGGCGAGGCAUAUGCUCUACUUUGACUAGUGAUUGUGGCACGAAUUUGAUCGGUGCCGACGCAGAACUCAAACGGAUGUUCACGGCAUCUUCUCGCGAGUGGGCUCACAUCGCUAACAUUCUCGCAAAUGACGGAGUAAAGUGGAGUUUUAAUCCACCCUCCGCCCCCCAUUUUGGAGGAAAAUGGGAAGCUGGGGUGAAAUCCGUCAAAUUUCACUUGCGGCGAGUUCUCGGCGACGCUCGCCUCACCUAUGAAGAACUGACAACGCUCUUGGUGCAAAUCGAGGCGAUUCUGAACUCUCGCCCGCUCACUGCACUCUCAGAUGAUCCGUCGGACUCUACCGCUCUCACGCCUGGGCACUUUCUCGUCGGGUCCACUCUCGCUACCGUGCCGGAACCUUCGCUUCAAGAGGUACCUCAAAACCGGUUGUCACGUUGGCAACUAUUGCAGUGUAUGAAGGAAUCAUUCUGGCAACGAUGGUCGUCAGAAUAUUUACAGCAGCUACAGACUACCUCGAAACAAUAUCGACCUCAAGAUGCCUUUCGAAAAGGCGCUCUCGUUCUAAUCAAGGACGAACGAUUUCCUCCAACUAAGUGGCCUCUCGCACGCAUUACUGACGUGCACCCUGGAGUCGACGGACUUAUUCGAGUCGCCACAGUGAAAACAGCUACCUCAAGUGUUAAGAGACCUAUAGUGAAAUUGUGUUUGCUGCCGAUCGAAACUCAAUAG